AUGUUUCCUAAGUUUUCGUCUCGGGCACGUGGGGGAAAACCUGCCGAUGUUGUCCCCCCGCCGCACACCAUUUAUAACCGGGGAAUAUGUACCCUCGAAAUUGGGCCCCAUACGUUCACUGAAACGACCAUAUUUGAGGUGCACUAUCAAGCUGUCGCCCAUCCAGCUCACUCCACCUCGAUCACCACUGUAAACCCUACAAAUGCCCAUACAGACGGCCUAUCCACUAAAGAACCGGACUCGUUGCUCAAUGACUCAGCGCACACUCCCUUGUUGAAGUCGCUACGUGCUUCGAUGGACAUACCCCCGGCCCUAAUUUCUCAGGUGAACUCUGCGGCGACUUCAAAUCCUACACUCUUGAAUCUCCUGCAGCUAGCUGCUUCCGGUAGAGCGACUGCGGACCAACUCAAGACACUGGAAGUCUUGAUCCAGUCACUGGCAUCGUCACCGAGCCUUGACUCAUUCUCUGCCCCAGCGCAGUCGACCGGACAACUCAGGGCUCCUACAUCUGCUUUUGCUGCUUCUGGUUCUUCUCAUGCUCAUAGUCAAGCGUCUGCUAAAGAGUUUGAUAUAGUAUUAGAAUUCCGCGAGAAUCCAUCGGAUCGGUGGAUUCUUCCUCGUGAACCUGCUAUAUGCCAGUACAAUCCAGUCCCCGGCAGUUCCGGCUCUUUUAGCGACAUCAUUCUCACGACGCGCGUCCCGUUCUCUUCGAACAUCGUUCCUCAGGAAGAUACGGACGAGGUGGAUCGAGAAUCACCCAGACCUGUCGUAAACAAAGAGAUCGUCAACUUUCGGCUAAUGAGGGCUUCCCCGAUGAUCUGUGAGUCCAUGAUGCGAUAUAUAGGACCUCCCGACAGAGCAGAAGAAAACCGAAAGAUCAUUGAGGACACUAAACUUCGAAAACGUAUAUAUUUGGCACACAAGCUACCGGAUGGCUUCAAUUUGACUCAAAUCCGCAACGCCGCAUCUCCCCAGUAUCCAAUGAAACCGAUGAAGACUACCUCAGAUUUCAACAAACCUAGACGACGGACCGCAGUACGCAAGGCACCACCAGACGGGGGUACUCAAGCCACUCCCGCAAAACGCAAGCGUGCCUCGCAACCCAAGCCUUCUGUGCCCGCCAUAACGAUCGCCUGUUUUGCAUGCGGGCAGACAGACGUGCCGUUAAUCAUGGGCGGACGCUACUGCCGUCCUUGCGUGGAGGGAGGAAAGGGCAUUGCAGACAUUCCUCAAGUUGGUGGCGCGCGUUUCACAUAUCGGCUUCCUGCCCCUGUCCCAGCCCAGCAGCCAUCAUCAUCUGCUGCUCCCAGUAGCACACCACAUACGCGCACAAUGGUAAUAGAUAACAUGCAGCCACAGCCAUAUUAUCCAACCAGUUCUGGCAACGCCAGUUAA